GAUGACCGUUUUGCUCUUGAUGUUGUUCGGCGUGCUUCCUAGGCGCCACACAGCACCGCCUCUCUUCCAUAUAAAAAGGGCCACUCCAGUGGUAACAAUGUACCAUAACUUCUCCAACUUUACAACAGCCAACUGAUCAAGAUGAGUCGUCCAAGUUUGGUGUUUGUCUGUUUGCUGUUGGUGGCUGUACUGGCCAUUAUGACUGUUGAAGCUGAAGAACGUGAAAAACGCUCGCCCCUUUUGGGCCUCCUUCUCGCUAAAAAGCUUUUGCACGGAGGAGGUCAUCAUCACCAUCAUUAUGGGGGUCAUCACCAUCAUCACAGAGGAUAUGGAUAUGGCGGUCACGGGCACGGCUAUGGCGGCCAUCACGGGCAUUAUUACGGUUGAGCGGGCCAGCCAUUUCAUCUUGUACAUCGAUUUCGAUAAAAAGACGAACUGCUUGAACAACACGCAGGAAUUUCAAUUUGCUUCACAUGGACGCAUGUCUACAUCCAACUUGUCCAGUUAUUUGUUAUUCAAGUUCAAAACGUAAUUUCUUCUAUUGACUGUAUUUUUAAAAAUGCUACCCUAUGUCCCGAGCCUAUGAUGAGUACUAUAAUCUAUUUAUCUUUCGUUAUGCAAUUGUUUCUGAAUUACAAACACAUCAGCCGAAA